AUGCAAGGACUGGGUGCACUCUCUUUUCCAGCGAUCGUUGCCAGUGUUGAUGAUUGGAAUCGAUUCAAUAUAUUAUGCGACGUUGGUGGUGGAAGUGGUAAUUUAGCGGGUAUCGCUUGCGAAAUGAAUCAGAAACUAGAAGCGAUCAUUUUCGAUCUUCCUCAAAUAGAAAAACAUGUACUUCAUUAUGUGGAAAAACUUUCAGCGUCUGUUGGCAGCCGAAUCCGUUUUCAUGGUGGUGAUUUUUUCUUGGAUAAUCUUCCUCAAGCUGAUAUAUAUACAUUAGGACGUAUUUUACAUGAUUGGACAGAGGAACAAUGCAGCCAAUUGUUAAAUAAAAUAUAUUAUGCCUUACCGAAACGAAACGGAGCAGUUCUGAUUGCUGAAUGUCUAUUGGAUGACAAUAAGACAGGCCCACUGCCAGCAGUGAUUCAUGAUAUAGUACAACAAGCAGGUUUAACAUAUACAAAAGCUGUUGUUUGGAAGAAUAUUAAAGAAAAUAUUCAUGCUGUUAUUUUAAUAAAUGAAAUAAAUAAUAAAUUAUGUCUUGAUUGUCCAUCAAAAUUGAAUAAUAUAACAUUAAUUUAUUGA